AUGACCGCAACGUCGAAGACAGCACCUCUGACGCCCAGCACAGAGCAUUCCGCAAAAGCGGCCGCUGCUCCGCAGGGGACAGAAGCCCCGCCGCAGCAGGGCGCCACACCGCGCUCAGGCGCCCGCCUGCUCUUGCCCCUGGUCGCCUCGGCGGCCCGCAAGCAGCAAGGGGCUGGCGCCCUCAAGUCGCUCACGACCGCGUCAGGCGGGGCCGCGGCAAGGGCAGCCGACGCCGAUGCCUCGUCCGCCGCGGCCUUUGGCUCCCUCAUGUCCCCGAGCGCCGUCGCGUCCGCGCCCGGCACCGUCGCCGCCGCCAGCCACGCCGGCGGCCGCGUGCGGCUGGACGGCAGCGCAUCGCGGCCUGUGUGGGGUGGGCAGCUGGUGGAGUAUUCGUGGGAGAUCAGGAGCCUGCGGGACGACGGCGACCACCGCCGCGCGUACGGAGAGGUCGUCACGGUGACGCUGCCAGAGGGGCCCUGGUCGAUCAGGCUGAGGGUCAAGGACGACAGCGGCGACGGCGACGAGGACGCAGUCAAGGUGCUGGUCACGCCCUACGAGGCGCCCGCGGCGGCGCCCAGCGCUGCGGUGCCGGCCCAACAGCAGCAGCAGCAGCAGCAGCAGCAGCAGCAGCAGCAGCACCAGCAGCAGCAACCGGCGCCGCUGCCAGUCGUACCACUUGUGCAGCAGCCCGUCACACAGCAGCCAGCAGCAGCGAUGCCCACCUCUCAGGGGCCGCCAGCACCAGCUGUGAACCUCACCACCCCAGACCCAGGGCCAGUGGGCUCGACAGUGCCGGCGCCAGUGCCGCUCCCUGCAUCACCCCCACCGCCGCCACCGUUGCCGCCGCCGCCCCCGCCUGCCUCGUCGCCACCUCCGCCGCCUGCGGAGCAAGCUCUGCUGCUGGCCUCUCCGCCACCACCGCCGCCGUCGCCGCCGCCGCCCUCCCCGCCGCCGCCGUCACCGCCGCCACCGCCGCCACCCUCGCCGCCCCCACCGGCGGUGACUUCGUCUAAGUUUCCCCCAAUGCCGUACACAUACGACUACACCUCAUGGUGCGAGGAUGCGGCAAACACUCCCAAGGCCGAGUGCCUCAAGUACAAGUGUGAUCUCCAAGAGAACUACGACCUGCCAAUGUGCCAGGAGUUUUUUGACUACUGCGAUCUCAAUGACGGCAAGAACUGGGACCGCCCCAACUGCACGCCGCCCUGCGAGGCACUGGCAGACCCAGACAGCGACCCGCGCUGCCGCGACCCUGGAGACCCAGCACCGGGCAGCGGGCGGCGACGACACUGA